UUACUGCAAUCAAAUCAAUACUUCUACUACUAAUAACAAGUGCUACGUUUCUAUUGUUUACUAAUAUUUCUCAUGGCUCACCACUUUGUUGCAUCUUUCGUAGCAGCGCUGCUUCUCAUAGCCUCGUCUUCACUUAAGUCUGAUGCGGCUCCACCAUGCCCGCAAAUAGUGCAGAUGAUGACGGUGUGCACGCCAUACCUGGCCAAUAGAGCUCCAUCCCCAUUUGGGCCAUGCUGCACUACUGUGGCAGCCCUGGGCAGAAGUGCCCCGACUCAAGCCGAUCGUGUGGCUGUGUGCAACUGCCUCAAGGGCGUUAGUCCUCGCUUCCCCAAUGUCGACUCCUCUCGUGCUUCCUCUCUUCCCAGCCUCUGCGGCGUUACCAUCAACUUCACCAUCACUCCUUUCAUCGACUGCCACAUGAUUCCAGCAGUUUAGAAGGGAGCAAAUGAGCAAUGGAGAGAGAGGGAAGGGAAUCAGAUUGUGAGGAUAGUGUUUGCACUUGUAUUUAUGUUUUCGAAUAAUGGAGUCAUUGGCCUAAGUUCCAAUGUUAUCCUUGAGAUGUAGCAAGCUUGGUUGGGCUUUGAUUUAGUUGGUAUUGAGUACUAUCUCUUCUUUAAAGGCUUUGAUCUUUCACUUA